CCGGACUCGUACAGUGCGCGGGCAGCCACCGCCCUGUUCAAUGGCCGCCGCGCUUUACCUCCCCGCGAACCCAAAUCCGACGCGCAACCCCACCUCCUCCCUCCGCCCGUCGCUGCCACGGCCUUCCACUUCCGGCGAGCUCCACUUCCGUCCCCGCCUAGUGCCCCGUCGUGCCCGCGCUCGAACCCAUCUCCCCUCCGCGUUCGGGAGGCGACCGCCCGCGGCGGCUGCGGCCGCGCGCGGAGGGAAGGACUACUACGCUACGCUGAACGUCCCGCGCGACGCCACCCUGAAGGAGGUCAAGAGCGCCUACCGCACCCUCGCGCGCAAGUACCACCCGGAUAUGAACAAGAGCCCUGGGGCAGAAGAAAAAUUUAAGGAGAUAAGUGCUGCAUACGAGGUUCUGUCGGACAAAGAGAAAAGAUCUCUGUAUGAUCGGUUUGGAGAAACAGGACUUCAUGCAGAUUAUGGAGGUGGAGAUUUCAGUGCACAUGGGGUUGAUCCAUAUGAACUCUUCAAUGCAUUUUUUGGCAGUUCUAACAAGUUCUUUGGAGAUAGCAUGGGUCAAGGGCGAUUUUAUUACAGUUCAAAUGUCAAGGAUAACAGGGGACUUGAUAUUCGCUAUGAUCUUCUCCUUCCUUUUGAAGAAUCAAUCCUUGGAGGCAAACGGGUGAUCAGUAUUUCUAGACAUGAAACCUGUGGCGCUUGCCAUGGAUCUGGAGCUAAAUCUAGCAAUAGCAUAACAGAAUGUGCACAAUGCAGAGGUCAAGGCAGGUCGAUGAAAUCUCAGAGGACACCUUUUGGUAUAGUAUCUCAGAUAUCUUCUUGCUUAAAUUGUAAUGGCAGUGGGAAGAUAAUUACUGAACAUUGCCCAAGCUGUGAUGGUUCAGGCAAAGUCCAAGUUGAGCAAAGUAUACAAGUAGACAUACCGGGAGGUAUUGAGGAUGGCUCAACCAUUCGAAUUACCGGAGGAGGUAGUGUUGAUAAGCAAAGGGGUGUAAGUGGUGACUUGUAUAUAUUUCUUCGUGUUGAAGAAAAACAAGGCAUCCACAGAGAAGGUCUCAAUUUGUGCUCGGAUGUCACGAUUGAUUUCACCGAUGCAAUUUUAGGAACUACGGUUAAGGUUGAGACAAUAGAGGGAUUGAGGGAUCUUUAUAUUCCUCCUGGAACUCAGCCUGGGGAGAAGUUGAAGAUUGCGCAACUGGGAGCUCCGGACAUUAAGAGACCUAACCAUAGAGGAGAUCACAACUUUGUGAUAAAGGUGAACAUCCCGAAGAAUAUCAGUGGCCAGGCACGUUCACUUGUUGAAGAUCUUGCCGCACUAAAGGGAACUCAGGGCAUCUCAGUUCCUGCUGAUGAUCGAGGAAACUUGAGAAGCCAUCAUUCUUCCACAGGGAAGAAAUCAUCGUUUUGGGGGUCCGUCAGGAAUCUGUUCAGGGGUGAAGAAGGGGAUCAGAGAUUUGCUUCGAUCAGUGCACAACCUGUUAUUCCACGGUGGACUUAUCAACGAGGAAUCCAUCCUGCUGCCCCACUGUUAGAAGGAUGCUUCAUGAUCGCAGCACUCAUCUUCGUGAUAUUCAGAAGGGGCAAAUUCAGGCUUUGCCUGAAGGGGGAUGAUCGCGCAACUACUUUUGAAGAUGGAGAAUUGGUUGGUCCACACGGGGCAGAGACAGACGCCGCCGCAUUCGUCUCCCCGGCCGCUACCGCAGCCGACCGGAUGGAUCCAUCACUCGCCAUGCGUCCGCGUCCACCGCUCCACCGGAUUCAGCGGCGGCGGACCCCCGCGGCCUGCAGCUGCGUCCUGCUACUCCUCGCUCUCCUCAUCUCCCCCACCACCGCCGCCGCCAAGUCCUCCGGCCGCCCCAUCACGGACAAGGAGAUCCGUGAGAACAAGGCCGCCUGCUACACCGACGUCGAGAACGGGCUGUGGGGAUUCGCGUGCAGGUCCUCCACCACGGAGAAGGAGAACUGCGUGCUGCGCUGCCUUUCGCCGGAGUGCUACAACCUCAUAUACGGCGGCGAUCCGCUUGAGGAAGGGGAAUUGGACUAUGUCCGCAGCCAUGAGUACAAGUACUGCAUGCACAAGGUAUCCCUUGGAGAAAGCUUGGAUGGUGUGAAGGGUUCCUUCAGCUAUUCAUGAAGGAUUUGUACUUUCUGCCAAUGGAGUGAACAGAGAAAUAUUCUCCAAGUCUGCUGUAAACAGUAAACUGUAACGUUUCCUAACAUAUGGUGUAUCUUUAUGUUGCAUUACGCACUAGGUAUAUUUGUAUGAAAUUCUUAGUCACCAAUCCAACAUAUAUCUUUCCAGUGUUUUCAUUUCAUGCUGGAAAAUUUAGUAUCUAACA